GUGAUCACUCAGAACUCACUUUCAAGAAAAGACACAACAUUAUAGAAAUGAGAUAAUAGAAAUAUAUAGUUAUAUUGAAAUAUACAUACUUGAAAAGUAGUGCAGAAAACAAUGCAAACAUUUAUAAGUACUCUGUCCUGUCUCUCAGUUCUGAUUUGUGCGACAUUGAAGAGCAAAGCUGAAAGUAAAUUUACUGGAACAGAAGGAGGCAGUGUGGAUAUUUUCUGUAAAUACUCUGAUGGAUAUCAAUAUACACCCAUGUAUUUCUGCCGUGAUCCAUGCGCUUAUUCUGAUUUACUAAUUAAAUGUAAGAAGGCUGAUACAUUCGUCUCUAAGGGAAGAUACAGUGCAAUAAACACCGUCUCUGGACGUCGCUUCUCUGUUGCCAUAAAAAACCUCACACUACAGGACUCUGGAGUUUAUUACUGUGGUGUGGAUACAUGGGGCUUCGACAAGUUGACUAAAGUAAAGCUGACUGUCAGUAAAGUAGUUCCUGCUGUGUCUACAUUUGCUCCAGUGUCUGGGGAGAUUCAAAUGUCUGAAGUUACAGAGCUACCCAUUACUAUAACAGUGCUUUCUCCAACAGCUCUUGUGGUUCUCUACAUCAAAACAUCCUAUACAGGCACCACAUCUUGCUGUUUACAGCAUACUCCUGAAACCCAAAUUCCACAUUCACAAUCCAAUCAGGAGGACCUUUGGCAUGUGAAUAAUGAGAUGUUGGAUGUGUAUAGUUCAGCUGGUCUAGAUAUUGGGGAUGAUCCUUCUGCCCCAUGCAGCACCUUCCAGCACACUGCCCCAGCAGAUAAUGACUGCAACCCAUACUCUCUUGGGUCGCCACAGCGGAUUAUUCGUCUCCAUACCACCCUGUCCUCUACAUCUGGACGCGGUGGGGAGCAGGCGAAUGACGUUUGCAGGCGCGAGCGCGGAGUCGCGGCUCUGAGCGCCAGGCGGAGCGGCGAGCAACGACGCACGGUGAGUCCCGCUGCUGAACUUUCUCUCUCCGUCAAACUUCCUUCUAAUGUCUGA